UGCAGCGCCGCGCGCGACGUGGGUCGCCCGUGACCGCCCCACAGGUGGGCGCAGUCGGCCGAGUUAGUAGACGGAUACAGGUGGUUCGGGAGCACGCUCUUCCUCCCGCCGCUGCGCGCAGCUGGGCCGUGGCCGCCGACAUCACCUGCAGCCUCGCGAGGCGGGGUCGCGCGGGCGGGUCGAUAGCGACGCCCCAGUGCAGCCACCACACCGCGCUAGUGCUCCGGGCACACACUGUCGCCCUCAGUGGGAGGUUCUUCAGUUAUAUCUACAGGUGGCCCUGCGUACUACUGCUCUAAAUACAUGUGGCGUUGUUUAUUCCCUCUUGGCUAGGCGUUUGUUAUCACCUUGGAGGUCACGUCUCCUUCCGCCUAUCGGGGACCGACGUCAAAACAUAACUGCAACUUUGACUGGCGCAGCACACAUUAGCGACAAUCGACACUUCAGCAUCUGAAGGAGGAACAUGAGUGUGUGCGUCUUCCAGGAUGUUGUUCAUUAUUCAAUUGUUUGAGACGUGUCGCGGGUACAGUUCUCCGCGGUGCACGUGGCUCAGAGGCGAGAUGGCGCCCAGCAGCCCCACGCGUGAGUAGCUCGUGACAGGGGGUCCCGGGGGCCGGAGUGUUGUCGGCAGCAGGACUGGCGUGGUGGGGUGGACAUGAGCGGGCCGAGUGGUGGUGGGCUAGGCCCAGCGGGCUGCUGGAUCGCGCACAAGGGCCUGGGCACCUGGGCCCGCAUGGCGCGGGAGCGCUCCUUCCUCAGGGGCUCCGCGUCGUCCCUCGUCGAGGAGUUCGAGGUGGCGCGCGAGCAGCUGGCGGUGCAGCCCGUAGACUCGCCUGCGCUGAGCCAUCAGCCGCGCUCCUUCCCGCCGCAGCUUACCAAGACGCCAUCCACGUCGUCCCAAGGAAGCUUAGACAGCACCCUCUCCAAGCAGAGUCACCGCGGGUCGUCCCCGCAGAUCCGCACCACGGGCCCAGACGGCCGCCAUGUAGCGUCGGAGUGUCGGUCACCGUCACCAGGCACCUACUGCCGUGCCGCAUCUCUAGACGCCCGCUACGGCUCCUCGGGGGACCUGAGGGCAUCGUCUCCAUCACUGACCUCUCUGGUGGAGCCCGGGUCAGCCUGCAGCUCACCUGUCCCUCCCACUUCUCCUCGCGGUGCUGCGGGACGGAACCUGUCGCCGCUGCUGCUGCCUUCACUGGCCAGCCGGGUAGCCCCGGGCGACACCACCGCGCCACCGGCCUCCCCCCUCGGGACACUGCAGCCGGACCUGUACCAGCGCAAGCAGAGCCCGCUGUUCCUGGGCAGCCAGCGGUCCGGCCCCAGCAUGGGCCGCCUGCACCUGGCACUCUACUAUGACUUCGACAAGUCCGACCUGCACGUCAACCUGAUCGAAGCCCGCGACCUGGCCGGCGGCGAGCAGGGUGGCUUCAGCGACCCUUACGUGCGGCUCAGCCUGUCGCCGCCCGUCGACAGUCGCAAGAGGCAGACAGCCAUCCACCGCAACGACGCCAACCCGCACUUCGACGAGCACUUCAAGUUCCCCGUGUCACACCAGGACCUACAGGACAAGUCGCUCGUGCUUCAGGUGUUCGACUACGACCGGUUCUCGCGCAACGACAUCGUCGGCGAGGUGUGCGUCAACAUGGACGAGCUGGAAGUGUCGUCCUCGGUCGAGAUCUGGGGCGAGAUCACCAAGAACAAGAAGCCACGGGAGGAGACCCAGGAGGUGCUGUUGUCGCUAAGCUACCUGCCAUCCGCAGAGAGGCUCACCGUGGUGCUGCUGAAAGCUCGCAACCUCUUCCUGCCGCAGGACAAGGACAGCAUAGAUCCCUUCGUGAAGGUGUACCUGCUAAGCGGUAGCAAGCGCGUCAAGAAGAAGAAGACAGCUACGAGAAAGAGCAGCUGCAAUCCAGUAUGGAACGAGGCACUCACCUUUAACGUGACAUCCUCGCAUAUCGCCACCUCUGCCAUAGAGGUGUGCAUAAUGGACCAGGGGAACGACCUGAUCGGCAACAACCCCCUGCUGGGCUGCUGCGUCAUUGGGCCACAGGAGUCGGGAGCGGAGAGCGACCACUGGAACGACAUGACACACUGUCCUCGCAAGGCAGUAGCUAUGUGGCACACACUGCGGUAGGCCCCUCGCCUCUUCCCGGUCAGCUGUCUGCCCGCGGCACUAUGCUGUCACUGCCUGGAGCAUACACACUUUCCCCUCCUCCUUUGGUCCAGACAUCAGCACUUACCUGUCCAUUACCUCGGUCUUCAAGUUUAUUAUUAUUUUUUAAACUCUCUACAGUCGUAUAAUUUGCUGGUAUUGCAAGCAUUUCUUGACAAAUAUACAAACUUUUUUUUUAGUAAUAAUUUUCUUACUAUUACUGCAUGAACUUUUGUGUUCUGCAUUAUCACGGUUAAUUAAUUGAUUAAUUCAGAAUUCUGUCUUACCUUAGUUUAAUUUUGUUAACUAAACCUAAAUAUUUCUACAUAGAAUACGAAAGUGGUAUAUGUGUUAAGUUGUCUAUGAGUCAUCUGAUUUUAAAACAAUUUUUUUUGACCUUUUGGAGGGUACUUGCCUCCUGUAUCCCAUUUGUAAAGAUGUUAUUUACUGCAGCGAUGUUGCGUGAUGGCACAGAGUUAUGGGUGUCUGCUACAGUGCUCAGAUGUUUCCCCUACCAAAUACUCCUAGAUGAAUUUUGCAAGUAAAAACUAACAUUUCAACACAGCACAUUGAUUCAACAGCUAUGAAACACAGGGGAAGCCACGUAGUUUCGGUUCCCUGCAAGAAUUUCCGAAGAUUUCCGAAGUUUUGUGUGGUAUUAACGCCACUUCAGCCGCUAAAUCAGAAGUUUCCAAUGAAAACAAGCAUGUUGUGACUGACCUAACCUAACCAAACCCUUCGAUUUUUUUAAUUUCAAUUUUUGAGAGAAAUCCGAAGUUGCACGAACGUGGUAGGGAACCGAAACUACGUGAGUUGUAGGCUUCCCUGAAACACAGAGAGCUGGACAUGAUAGCUUAGGCAGUGUUGCCACAUCGUAUCAGCCACUGCGAAGUAGAGGGCACAAUAUAAUGCACAGAAGUCGGUUUGUCUAUCGUAUCCUGUUUAUUUCAUUACUAUUGAAUGGUUAUGUACAUAUAUAACAUUGAGGCACUAAUGAUCUUAUUUAUAGUUUUAUUAUGAAAGUCUUGUUGUUAGUUUUAGAUAAUGAUUGUUAAAAUGUUAAUUCUUAAAUGCACACACUUAAAACCAGAAGUGACUUCAAACGUCUUUGCUGGAUUGGAGUUAAGCACACAAUUGAAUGCACUCUGUAUGGCCUUGUUUUGAAUUCAGACUUUAUGACUAAGUUUUCAACAUAUCGUAGCCUUACAGACCACAUGUUCACUCGAUAGAAGUUGUUCUCUGGUAGUUCAUGAAGUAAUUGCUACCCAAAUGACAAUGUUAAAAAAAUUUCAGAAAAUUACGAUUAAAAAACAUUUCCAGGACGUUUCGAUCAUUCGUGGAUUCAUUGAACACAAACUGAAUAAGCCAUUAUCGAAAACUUUCUCCCAUUCGUAAGUUUCAAGUAACAUGAAGAAGAUAUUCUGUUAUAAGUGGUACGUAGGUACUUCUAUGCAUAAAGGCAUAUGCUGAAAUUUUGUAAAGCCACUAGGUAGGUACCCACCCAUAUCACACCAGAAUAUUUUUGUCUACCAUGUUAUCCUCGAAACAGUUCAGCCUGAGCUGCUAAUUGAUAAAAUUUCUUCGCAUUUAUGCUAAAGGCCCUGUUACACUGUUAAAGUUUUGCUUCCAACACUUUCCAAUAUUUUGUGGCAUAGGUGAAGUGUUAGAACGUCACCAAAACUUUACUAGCGAAGCCAUUUUUUUUUUUAAUAAGUUGGAUGGCUUGUGUUACGGUCAAAUAUUUUUCAUUUGAAGCAUUUCAUAAAAUAUGUUAGAUGUUGGAAUGCAAUCUGCCAUUCAAAUAAGUGCCUAGCGAAAAAGGGAAAUGAAUUAGGUUUCCAUCUCAACAAUUCUUUGAAACUGCAAAAAGCAAAUGGCCAAUUAUAAAUGUUAAAUAACUAAAAUAAUAGGUAGUAAUACAAAUGCCGUAUGCGAAAACAUUGUGUAUAAUUGAAAUUAUCUUUCUAUUUCAUUGUGAAACGAUUAGGUAAUAUGAUUUAAAUUUAUUCAUGUUGGUUCAUAAAAUUUUCAACGCACAAGUUAAAUGAUCAGGCCAGGAUUAAAUUGAUAUAUUUCUGAUAACACAGAUCAAAAAUAAACUUUGAUAUUAUAAAUAUUUUAAACCCAUAUUUGAGGUUAACUGUCCAAAUAUAUGAUGGAUAAAAUUGGAAGCCAUUACCCGACCAUUAAUUCCUCUACAACACUAUUUUCAAAUAUGUUGGAGAAAAGAUUUGAUAGGUAAUGUGAUAGGGCUUUAAUGGAUCCCUAGCAUAGGAUUCGAAUACAGCUAUACAAUGCAAAAAUAAAUUAACUAAAAUAACAAAA